AAAAUUAUCCAAAUUCGAUUAAAUAAAUGACAUCGAUAUUACUUUUAGUAAUAAAGAAACACAUUAAUGAUUUCUACUGUGCAGCUCUAUGAAAUGCUAUAAUAUACAAUAUAAUAUCGUAUAGAUUAUUUAAUAAUAUAUUUUUUUUUAGUUCACUACAUAAUGUAAGAUUGCGUUUUAAUCGAUUAAAAUAUCGAACAUCUCUAUGAAUACUGUUUGUCAAUCGGUUAUCCUGUUGUCAUCUUUCUAGUUUGUUUUAUUCAAUAAAUAUGGGAAAAUCUUAUUAUUUUAGUCAAAUAUGAUUGAUUCCAUUUGUUAAUUAAAUAUAAAGCAAACUACGAUAAUCAUACAUCCCUUUGUCGGGAAUUCCGUUAUCUGUUUUUGUAUUUCCGGCAGCCGUACCCACAAAGAUUGUUUACUAAGUAAUUUUUGAAAUAGAAUUAUGUCUGUAAGUGAGAAAGUAUCUCUCUCAGAUGCACUGAGUAAUGUGGACGUUUUGGACGAGCUCACGUUACCGGAUGAACAGCCUUGCAUAGAAGCUGCACCAUGCUCGAUCCUGUACCAAGCGAACUUCGACACCAACUUCGAGGAUCGCAAUGGAUUCGUCACCGGCAUAGCCAAGUACAUAGAAGAGGCGACUGUCCAUGCCAACUUGAACGAGUUGUUGGAGGAAGGCAAUGCUCAUGCUGUGAUGCUGUACACAUGGCGAUGCUGCAGUCGAGCUAUACCCCAGCCACGAUCCAACGAGCAACCUGACCGGGUGCACAUAUAUGAGAGAACCGUUCAAGUGCUGGCCCCGGAGGUGGACAAAUUGUUGCAGUUCAUGUACUUCCAGGUACCGGGUAGCAGAGGAAUUACUACAGGGUGGCCACGGGCCCCCAACUGGAAGCCCCCCCCCCCCCCCCCCCCCCCCCGCACCACCAAGCAGAGGAGACUUCUUACUCCUGACAUUUAUUAUUACGCAAUUGGUAAAAAAAAAUCUAUGAAUUUGCCACGGGCCUCAAACGGUAUAGUAACGCCACUGGUGGGUAGUUCAGUGCGCAAGGCGAUAGAACGCUUCUGUGGCGAAGUGCGCCGUCUCUGUCACGCGGAGAAACGUCGCGACUUCGUCUCGGAAGCGUACUUGCUCACUCUGGGCAAGUUCGUGAACAUGUUCGCCGUGCUCGACGAACUUAAGAACAUGAAGAGUAGCGUCAAGAAUGACUACUCUACGUACAGAAGAGCCGCGCAAUUUCUGAAGGUGAUGUCAGACAGCCAAAGUUUACAGGAGUCUCAGAACCUGUCGAUGUUCCUCGCUACACAGAAUAAAAUCCGUGACACAGUGAAAGAUGCUUUAGAGAAGAUAAACGGUUACGAAGAUCUGUUGGCUGAUGUUGUCAACAUUUGCGUCCAUAUGUUCGAGACCAAGAUGUAUCUGACGCCGUCCGAGAAACAUAUGCUGGUCAAGGUGAUGGGGUUCGGAUUAUUUCUGAUGGAUUCUGAAGUUUGUAACAUAAACCGCCUCGACCAGAAGAAAAAGAUACGUCUCGACCGUAUUGAUAGAAUUUUCAAGAAUUUGGAGGUGGUCCCGCUGUUUGGUGAUAUGCAGAUAGCGCCGUUUAAUUAUAUCAAGAGAUCGAAACAUUAUGACCCUAGCAAUCCUAAUCCGCCAUCGCCGCAGGCCGACCUGAUGGUCCACCUGCCUCAGAUAAGGGAGGAGCAUCAGAACUAUAUAUCGGAAUUGGCCAGAUACAGCAACGAGGUGACGACGACGUUCAAGGAGGCCGGCACCGACGCUGAGAACCGCCUGGUGUCCGAGCUGUGCCUGCGCGGGCUGCAGCUGCUGUCCGCCUGGUGCUCGGUGCUCACGGAGCUGUGCUCGUGGAAGCUGCUGCACCCCACCGACCACGCCACCAACGCGCGGUGCCCGCCAGACGCGGAGGAGUACGAGAGGGUGCCCGUCCGACGUGGAGGAGUACGAGAGGGUGAGCGGGGGGAGGUGGCGACGAAUUGCGGCGUUGCAACAAUGUUUAGUAGAAUAUGUAUAGACCAACAGAUGACAGAUGAGGGGGACGGGACGGCCAUAAAUUACGUCACACGUUAG